AUGACGACACCCAACGGCACCCGGGAGAUCCCCGGCCCCAUUCCCGCAGGGGUCUUGGGGCUCUCCCUCGCCCUGGCCAUCCUCAUCGUCUCUGCCAACCUGCUGCUGGCCCUGGGCAUCGCCAGGGACCGCCACCUGCGCAGCCCGCCUGCCGGCUGCUUCUUCCUGAGUCUGCUGCUGGCCGGGCUGCUCACGGGGCUGGCGCUGCCCACGCUGCCGGGCCUGUGGAGCCAGAGCCCGCGCGGCUACUGGUCCUGCCUCCUGCUCUACCUGGCUCCCAACUUCUCCUUCCUGUCCCUGCUGGCCAACCUCCUGCUGGUGCAUGGCGAGCGCUACGUGGCGGUGUUGUGGCCCCUGCGGCCGAGGGGCAGCACGCGGUUGGCCUUGCUCCUGGCCUGGGCCAGUCCCCUGCUCUUCGCCAGCCUGCCCGCCCUGGGCUGGAACCGCUGGGCCCCCGGGGCCAACUGCAGCUCCCAGGCCGUCUUCCCCGCGCCCUACCUCUACCUGGAGGUCUACGGGCUGCUGCUGCCCGCCGUGGGGGCCGCCGCCCUGCUCUCGGCCCGCGUGCUGGCCACCGCCCGCCGCCAGCUGCGGGACAUCCGGCGGCUGGAGCAGGCCGUGUGCCGCGGGACACCCUCGGCCCUGGCCAGGGCCCUGACCUGGCGCCAGGCGCGGGCGCAGGCCGGGGCCACGCUGCUCUUUGGGCUCUGCUGGGGCCCCUACGUGGCCGCCCUGCUGCUGUCCAUCCAGGCCUACGAGCAGCGGCCCCCGCUGGGCCCGGGCACCCUGCUGGCCUUCGUCUCGCUGGGCAGUGCCAGUGCGGCCGUGGUGCCCGUGGCCAUGGGGCUGGGCGAUCACCGCUAUACGGCUCCCUGGAGGGCGGCCGCCGGCCGCUGUAUCCGGGGUCUGCGGGGAAGGGCCCCCCGGGCCAGCCCCGAGCCCGGUCCAGCUGACCACACGGGCAGCCUGAGUAGCGCCGACCUGACGUGA